AUGGCUAUUGCCAUGGGCUGGCACAAGCCCGACAAUGUCGCAGGCUCGUCGGCGCCUGGCAUCAUGGUCGGUCUCUUUGUCGCCUCGGGCGGUUUACUUUUCGGCUACGACACUGGUGCCAUCAACGGAAUACUAGCUAUGCGCGAAUUCAAGGAUCAGUUUGGCGCCGCAUGUCGCGACCACCAGGGACAGCUGGACAUCUGCACAAACGACUCGGCCCUCAUCGUCGGCAUCCUCAGCAUCGGCACCAUCUUCGGUGCCCUCCUGGCCGCCCCGUCCGCCGACAACCUCGGUCGCCGAUACACCUUUCUCAUCUCGGUCUGCGUCUUUUGCAUCGGUGCCAUAUGCCAGGUGUGCGCGUCGGCCAUGUCGCAGAUGCUUACGGGGAGACUAUUAGCAGGCGUCGGUGUCGGCGCCAUAUCCGUACUCGUACCGCUAUACCAAUCCGAGAUGGCGCCCACGUGGAUCCGGGGAACGCUGGUGUGCGCCUACCAACUCUCCAUCACGUUUGGGCUCCUGGCAGCCUCGGUCAUCAACAUCGUCACGUCCGGCCUGGACGGGCCGGCGGCGUACCGCAUACCGCUGGGCCUGCAGUUCGUGCCGGCGCUGAUCCUGACGGGCGGCAUCCUCGUCCUGCCCGAGACGCCGCGCUUCCUCGUCAUGAAGGGCCGCAGCAGCCAGGCCGGGCUGUCGCUCAGCCGGCUGCGGCGGCUGGACAUCACCCACCCGGCGCUGGUGGAGGAGCUGCAGGAGAUCAUCGCCAACCACCAGUACGAGCUGACGCUGGGCUCCAGCUCGUACCGUGACCUGUUCCGAGGCUCGCCCCACCUGGCCAGGCGGACCUUUACCGGGUGCGCGGUGCAGAUGCUGCAGCAGCUGACGGGCAUCAACUUCAUCAUGUACUACAGCACCACCUUCUUCGGCGGGGUGGGCGUGCAGAGCCCGUACACCAAGUCGCUCAUCGUCAACGCCAUCAACGUCGUCUCGACCUUCCCGGGCCUGCUCGUCAUCGAGUCGUGGGGCAGGCGGAAGCUGCUGAUGGUCGGGGCCCUGGGCAUGGCCGUGUGCCAGCUCGUCAUGGCGGCCUUUGCGGCGGCGACGGGGCCGGAGCUCAAGGACACGGCGCAGGUGAUACUCAUCGUCUUCUGCAGCAUAAACGUCUUCUUCUUCGCCGCGUCGUGGGGGCCGGUGGCCUGGGUGGUGACGUCGGAGAUCUACCCGCUCAAGGUGCGCGCCAAGGCCAUGUCCCUGUCGACCACGUCCAACUGGCUCUUCAACUUUGGCAUAUCGUACGCCAGCCCGUGGAUGGUGGGUCGCGGCCCCGGCCACGGCGACUUCGGCUCCAAGAUCUUCUUCAUCUGGGGCGCCUUCUGCAUCCUCGCCGUCUUCUUCGUCUGGUGUCUCGUCUACGAGACGAGCAAGCUCAGCCUGGAGCAGAUUGACGAGAUCCAUCAUUCUGCAUCGGAUCGUGGUCGUCCACCUUCUGACGAUGAGACCAAGAGUCAGCCCAUGAUGGCACACGUCGAUUUCACAUACUAA